UUCCAUGUUGUAUGUACUGUGAGAGGCCAGAUAUAGUGAAUGCAGGGUCCGGGGAGACCAGAUAUAAUGAAUGCAGGGUCCGGGGAGACCAGAUAUAGUGAAUGCAGGGUCCUGGGAGACCAGAUAUAGUGAAUGCAGGGUCCGGGGAGACCAGAUAUAGUGAAUGCAGGGUCCGGGGAGACCAGAUAUAAUGAAUGCAGGGUCCAGGGAGACCAGAUAUAGUGAAUGCAGGGUCCGGGGAGACCAGAUAUAGUGAUUGCAGGGGUCCGGGGAGACCAGAUAUAGUGAAUGCAGGGUCCGGGGAGACCAGAUAUAGUGAAUGCAGGGUCCGGGGA